UACUUUUAGUAAAGAUGGGGUUUCACCAUGUUGGCCAAGCUGGCCUCGAACGCCUGACCUCAGGUGAUCCGCCCGCCUCGGCUUCCCAAAGUGCUGGGAUUACAGGCGUGAGCCACCGCGCCGGAUAGACAUCAUUGUCCUUUAAAGAGUCCUCUCUGUUAUCUAGCGAGACACUACUACAAUGGAGAAAAAAGACCCCUCCUUCAAGCCCUGAGAACCUGAAAACUUUGGCGAAAAGUCUGCUCCUGAAGAGACCCAGGAAGGCUUCUGGGAAUCGUAGUUCAAAGGCAUCCCGUCUUCUGCGCAGACUCACAAGUCCCUGUGGACGGAAACCUUGAAGGGUAGUGCCACUCCGUCCUUCCACCGGAAGUGUCCGAUCGGAAUCAGCCUUGUCCGAGAGGUGAGUCCGGGUUUGGGGACCCAGAUGUCCGGCCCAGUGUCCUCCUCCAAACAUCCAGUCCCUCUCAUAUUGCCUUUGAAAUUAGCAGCCUAUGAGUGACCAGACCUUGGACCUCAGAGGAAUGUGGAACCAGCUUCGGCGUUGGGAGGGCAGGAGCGCUCCCGUUUUUUGGCGGUCUCCAUAGUUACCUCCGCCGCGCGUGACGUCAUAGUGGAGCGCUGAGAGGGCGUGGGUGGCGUGGAGGGUAGGGGGGCGUCCUGCUGAUCCUGAAUCUGGGGUCACUGAUUAGUGGAGUGGCCCAGUCCAGCCAGAUGGAACGGGAAGGGGCGCCACGUGUCUCGGAUCUGCAGUUGUCUGCGAAAAGAAACUGCUGCGAGGGCCAUCCCCCGUCUCCUGCUUCCCUUGGGAAGCAUAACCGCCCUUUCGUAGGACAUAUGGGGACAACCCUGGCCUAUCCUGAACUUUGUUGACACGAUGGCUACCAAGUCAAAGAAAGCUGCAGCCCAGAACUCUCCAGAGGAUGAAGGACUUCUGAUACUGAAGAUAGAAGAGGAAGAAUUUAUCCACAGGCAGGACACUUGCUUACAGAGAAGUGAACUCCUCAGGCAGGAGCUCUGCAGGCAGCUUUUUAGGCAGUUCUGCUACCAGGAGUCCCCUGGACCUCGCGAGGCACUGAGCCGACUCCGGGAGCUCUGCUGUCAGUGGUUGAAGCCAGAGAUCCAUACCAAGGAGCAGAUUCUGGAACUGCUGGUACUGGAGCAGUUCCUGACCAUCCUGCCAGGGGAUUUGCAGGCCUGGGUUCAGGAACAUUACCCAGAGAGUGGAGAGGAGGCAGUGACCAUACUGGAAGAUUUGGAGAGAAGCAGUGAUGAAGCAGUACUCCAGGUUCAAGCCCAUGAACAUGGACAAGAAAUAUUCAGGAAAAAGGUGUCACCUCCUGGACCAGCACUUAGUAUCCAGUUACAGCCAGUGGAAACCAAAGCCCAUUUUACUUCAUCAGAACCCCAGCUGUUACAGGACUGUGAUACUGAGAGUGAAAACAGUAGAUCCAUGCCAAAGCUGGAAAUUUUUGAAAAAAUUGAAUCACAGAGAAUUGUAUCUGGAAGAAUCUCAGGAUACGUAUCAGAAGCAUCUGGUGAAUCUCAAGACAUCUGUAGGUCUGCAGGCAAGGUAAAGAGGCAAUGGGAAAAAGAAUCAGGGGAGUCUCAGAAACCAUCAUCUACCCAGGACGGAGAUUUUGGUAAAAUCCUUAGCCACAAAAAUAUAGUCAGAGGUGAAAUAAAAAGCCAUGAUGGAUGUGAGAGGAGAUUAAAUCUGAACUCAAAUGAAUUCACACACCAGAAAUCUUAUAAACAUGGUACCUGUGACCAGAGCUUCAAAUGGAACUCAGAUUUUAUUAACCAUCAAAGAAUUUAUGCUGGAGAAAAAAUUCACCAACGUGGAAAAUCUUUCAAGAGCCAAAAGCUUGCUAAACAUGCAGCAGUUUUCAGUGGAGAGAAAACUCAUAAGUGUAAUGAAUGUGGGAAAGCUUUCAGGCACAGCUCAAAACUUGUUAGGCAUCAGAGAAUCCACACCGGAGAGAGACCCUAUGAAUGUAAUGAAUGUGGCAAAGGCUUUGCAGGGAGCUCAGAUCUUAUUAGACAUCAGCGAAUUCACACUGGGGAAAGACCCUUUGGAUGCAAAGAAUGUGGGAGAGCAUUCAGCCUGAACUCACAUCUUAUCCUGCAUCAGAGAAUUCACACCAGAGAGAAACCCUACGAGUGUAGUGAAUGUGGGAAAACUUUCCGAGUGAGCUCACAUCUUAUUCGACAUUUGAGAAUCCACACUGGAGAAAAACCCUAUGAAUGCAGUGAGUGUGGGAGAGCCUUCAGUCAGAGCUCACACCUUAGUCAGCACCAGAGAAUUCACAGGAGGGAAAACCUAUUAAUGUAAGGAAUUUAAGUUUGUAUGUAAAUGCUGAGGAAAUAGAACAAUGUGAAAAACAUUAAAUAAAAAAUAAAUAUUGGACAAGAUGGAAGACUGAAA